UCUCGAGCAGGGCACUCUCCUUUUAACCUCUCCUUCUGCUUCCCUUUAAUUUGUUGUGAACAAUGCGUUAUUCACUUCUUGAAUUUGUGAAUUAUAUUGUUGAUUUUGUUGGUUCUGUUCUGUAGGGGUCCAUUGAAUCCCAAGAGUUUCAUUUCCGUUGGAUUUCUUUGUCGUUGCAAUUCGAGCUGAAACCUGGUCGAACUUGAUCUAGGAAAUCUCUGGAAUUUCUUGGUGCCAAUCUUCCCCAUAGUUUGAUCGAUUCCGUGAGGGGGAUGCUGUAUCUGUUAAGGAAUGGGAGGGAAACCGUUGUUUCAGCCGUUCGUUGGAUGAUUUGUCCAUGCAAUCGGUAGGGAUCUUUGGAAGUUUGUGCGUACCUGAUGGGGAAUUUGAUUCCCUCAAUGCCAAGAAUGGUUAAGUCCCGAGUAUCAUAAUUGUGAAGUGAUUGAGUUGAAGAGUUCCAGAAUGGUUGUUAAUCGAGGCAUUGGGCGCGUUUCGAUGUUUCUGCUGGUGGUGGUGGUGUUGGGGUUCUUCUUUGCGUCUUAUAACAUGAUCGCCAUGGUCAUUCACCACCGAAGAAAAGGAACGGAUAAAGGCUUGCAUACUGUGGCUGGCGGCCGGUCUUCAAUGUUCAUCGAUGCUAUCACUGAGAUGCCAGAUUCGUUGAAGAAACAUGAGGGUGCGAAGGCUUUGUUUCAUGUGGCGCUUACAGCCACUGAUGCACCGUACAGCCAAUGGCAAUGUAGGAUAAUGUAUUAUUGGUAUAAGAAGAUGAAGGAUGGACCUGGAUCAGAGAUGGGUGGAUUUACUCGAGUUCUGCAUUCAGGGAGCAAGGAUGAUCUGAUGGACGAGAUCCCAACUUUUAUAGUUGAUCCUCUUCCACCAGGUCAGGACAGGGGCUAUGUGGUGUUAAAUCGACCAUGGGCAUUUGUCCAAUGGCUACAGAAGGCAACUAUUGAGGAAGACUAUAUAAUGAUGGCAGAGCCUGAUCAUAUAUUUGUUAAUCCGCUGCCCAACUUAGCAAGAGGAGAAUAUCCUGCGGCAUUUCCUUUUUUCUACAUCAAGCCGAAUGAGAAUGAGAAGCUUAUUCGGAAGUUUUACCCGGAAGAAAAGGGACCUAUAACAGAUAUAGAUCCUAUUGGAAAUUCUCCUGUAAUCAUUAAAAAGUCUCAAUUGGAAAAGAUUGCUCCUACUUGGAUGAAUAUUUCACUAAGGAUGAAGGAGGAUGAAGAGACCGAUAAAGCUUUUGGAUGGGUUCUAGAAAUGUAUGCUUAUGCUGUUGCAUCUGGUUUGAAUGGUGUGACACAUAUUCUUCGGAAAGAUUUCAUGAUACAGCCACCUUGGGAUUUGGAGAUCGGAAAAAAAUUUAUUAUACACUAUACUUAUGGUUGUGACUAUAAUAUGAAGGGGGAGCUGACAUAUGGAAAAAUUGGAGAAUGGCGUUUUGACAAAAGAUCAUAUCUUCGUGGUCCUCCACCGAAAAAUUUAUCCUUGCCUCCUCCUGGUGUUCCUGAAAGUGUGGUGACACUGGUGAAGAUGGUGAAUGAGGCUACAGCGAAUAUAGCUGAUUGGGAGAAAGACAAAUGAUUGCUGAUGGUGAACGAGGCUGCAGCCAAUAUCGGUGAUUGGGACAAAGACAAAUGAUUGCUGAAGAAGUACGGGAAACAUGGUUCAUUUUUGCAGAAUUUUUCACCAAUAGAGGUCUCCAACUGUACAAGCUAGAUAGAUGUCUUGUUGCAAUCGUGCAAGAUGGAAAUGAAAAUAUAAAAGUUUCGGCUUUGAUACGACAGAGAAGGUUGAGAAAUAUUUCAUGACUAAACUUUCUCGUUAAUCAACCCUGGAGACCGUCCGAUGCAAUUCAGAUCAUCUUGGUUGUGUACAAAAGUAGUUUCCUGUUUAAACAUAUUUUAACAAAUAAGAAGCUUUAGACAGGAUGCCUUGUUUCUCUCUCGAGCUCUGCCAAAGUUGCAUAGUGACAUCCACUCUUUUGAGCCAUUGGUGGUGGUUCUUUCUUAAAAACUUUUGUACUUUCAGGCGUCGGUUUGUUUGUAUUGAAAGUAGUGAUGUGUGACCUUUUCCUAUGUUGUUCUCUUCACAAGAGAGUAUCUUUUAUAAUUUGCAAUUUUUGGCAA